UUCGCGACGCGAUGUCGCGCGCGCCCGACGUCGCGAGCGAGCGACGCGACGCGUCGCGCGUGUCCAUGCCGUUCGCGCCCGGCGCGAUCCCGCGAAGCGAGAGCUACGACGCGUUCGUCGCGUCGGUGCCCGACUCGCGCGCGUCGCCGGUGAAAUCGCUCGCGCGCGCGCGCGAUGCCUCCGCGAGCGCGACGACGGGCGACGACGAGCGACCGCGCGUGAUGCUGCUCCACUGCGGCGGCACGCUCGGGAUGGGGGUGGAGUCGUUCGAGCUGCGAGAGGCGGACGUCGUCCCGCGCGCGGGUGGCAAGUACAGACCGCUGGGGGCGUCGAAAUAUCUGUUGGACGUGCAGGAGGUGAUACCCGAGCUGCGAGAUUUCGCGCGGCUGGACGUGGAGGUGUUGAUGAAUAAAGACUCGAGCGAGAUGGACGGAAAGGAUUGGGUGACGCUCGCGCGGGCGCUGCACGAGAGGAGGGAGGAGUACUCGGCGUUCGUCGUGGCGCACGGAACGGAUACGAUGGCGUACGCGGCGAGCGCGCUGUCGUUGAUGCUGGUUGGGUUCGGAAAGCCGAUCGUGUUGACGGGCUCGCAGUUGCCUCUGUCGUUCGCGCGAUCGGACGCGCGCCAAAAUUUGAUUGACGCCCUGACGUGCUGUUGCGCGAGUCGAAGCUGCGGAGGUACCGUGGAUUUCGCGGAGGUGGCGAUUUGUUUCGGCGGUAAGCUUUUACGCGGGAAUCGCGCGUCAAAGACGAGCGCGACGGUGUACGCGGCGUUUAGUUCACCUUCGUAUCCAGCGCUCGCGAGAUUAGGAGUGGGGGUCGAUUGGAACCACGCGCGUUUGUUACGGCCGGCGCCAGAGUACGCGCCGCAAUUUGAGUUGAAUUCGAACGUCAUACGCGUCCCGGUGAUUCCUGGCUUAGACAUCGAAAAGGCGUACGGCGAUUUGUACGGUCGAGGCGUGCGAGGCAUCAUCUUGGAAGCGUUCGGCGUGGGAAACUUCCCGCAGAGCCUCGUCCCUUGGCUCACCAGCCAAGCGUCGCGCGGAUUGCAAAUCUACCUAUCGACGCAGUGUCAAAGCGGCGAAUUACGACCGGAGCUCUACGCCGCCGGUCUCGGCGCGUUAGCCGUAGGGGCCAAAUCUGGCCCGGUCAUGACCAGCGAGUGCGCCGUGGUCAAAAUGAUGCUCCACAUCGCGAAUCCCGAGCUCGAGCUCCACGUAUCGUACUCUGGCGAAGCCGGCGACGUCGAUUUUUGCGACAUCAAGUGACCGCUCGCGCCUCGUUCCACGCACUAUCCAAACCUAAAAGUAGCCCUUUUAAUUUUAGCCACCGCGCGCCG